UCUCUGUAAUCUGUGUGUAUACUAAGAAUAUCAAUAAUAUUACUUCUUUUUUUAUUUAAUUUUUUGUUUUAUCGAUUCAGUUACAAUCAAUAAUUGAAUAUUUCUUUAUUAAUAUAUAUUCAAUUAUGACUGCGGUUGAUCACGUAUUCGCACAGCUCAUUAAAUUAACUCAUGAAGAUGGUCAACGAGAAUAUUUGGCAGUAUUAUUUACCGAUAUGAAAGAGAAUACUAAUGGAAUUAUUGAUAACCAAAUAAACGGCUAUGAUCGUCUGAGCUCUUUCCUAAACAAAAUAAUUAAAGAAAUUGAUAACUUAUCAGUAGAACUCAAUAGAGAUGAUACUAUACUUAUAAGUGUUAGAAAUCAAAAGUUGUUACGGACAUCUUUUCAAUUAAUUACAUCUCUAGGUAUUUCACCAUGUUUAAUACUAGGUUUGGGCAUCAGCCUAUCUAAAAGAUGCACAUCUUCAACACUUCUACCAACAUUGAUGUUGAAUGAUGAACAAAAAUAUGAAAUGCUGACUAAAUGCACAGAUUUUUUUUCUAGAAGUUAUAAAAUACCUGUAUUAAAAAAUAUCAUCAUGUCACUCCAUUUGUCUGACUACUUAGCUGCAUUGAUACAAUUAGCCUUUGCUCCAUUAAAAAAACCAGGCUCAUAUGCUAACUUCACAAUGACAAAUGAUAUGUAUAAUAGACUUGUGGUAGACAGACAGAAAUAUGUACAAAUAUAUGAACAUUUGGUAUGCAAUUGUUUCCAACCAUUGCUUAUGAAAGAAUUAUUGGUAUUGCAAAGUGUUAAAGAGCCUUAUCCUCCUACAUUUGUUAAAAAAACUAUAGCAAAGGAAAUGAGCCGAAGACUGUUAGUACCUGGUGGAUUAUUAAGUCUUAUAAGAUGUUUUAUAGAAAGCUACAACAUUGAUACAGGAUAUGAAUGGAGAAAAAUUGACAUGAUCUCAAAAAUUGUCAGUGGUAAACAUGGUCCUGGUACUGAGGAGAAUUAUUUAAACAAUAUAUGCAAUCAAAUAAUGCAAAUAUUGUCACUGAAUAAUACUCAUUAUUUAAGUACUGCAACGGCUUGUACCUUGAGUUUGAAACAAAAAUAUCCAGAAUCCAUUCAAGUAAACAUGUUAAUAAAAGAAAUAUUUCAUGUCUUUGAUUAUGACUCUUUAGUCUCAAAAUCUAAUUUACCUGGUACUGUAUUAUUAUCGCCCCAAGAAAUUGAGCGCAAAGUUAAUCUUUUGUAUGCAUCUUUUUGUACAACCAGGCUUGAUUGUUCAAGUGUAUUCUUACUACCGAACUUAUAUGUUCUUUUCUUACUUGGGGUUAAAAAUACUAAAAAUGAAGAAUUAAAUGUUAAAUUAAAAGACAUUAUUUUAAAAUCUAUUGAACAUUUAAAUAAAAAUGAAAUAACUUCAUUAAUACAUGAUUUUUUAUUUGGAAAAAAUAAUUCUUCAAUACUUAUUGAAGAAUAUGAUGCAGGACUUACCAUAAAAUAUGUGACUUCGCAAAAAGAAUAUGCAAAUGAGAAUGCCUUAAUGUAUUUUAUAAAUAUUUUCAAAGCUUCAUCUGAAGAUAGAUUUAUUCAUUGCGUAUUUGAGAGUUUACUGCAAUUACUGAUUGAAUUAAGUAUAAAAAGGCAAACUAAACCAAAAAAAGAUUUGUUAUGUAUAGAAGACGAUCCUAUCCUCUUAGAUACUGUUGAUGCUAAAUACGCCAUUACACUUCAGUUCCUAUCAGAAAUAUGUGCAUUGCCAAAGAUUGUUUCUUCUUUAAAAACAAAUCCAUCUAUAGUAUUGAACUUCAUUGAGCAUUUUAUAGUAAAAAAUUGUGACACUUCAAAUGAAGAAUGUAUUACCAUUGCAUUGGUCUUGCUGAAUACCAUAUUGUCUAAUUCUAAUAAAACAGAAUAUUUGGAGAAAACACUUAGUGGAUUAAUUCCUGUAUUGAAAGUCAUGUCUAGAAAUAAAGCAAGUUACAAUAAUAUAUUGUGUGAAGAGGCACUGACAUUGCUUACAUCUAAAGAUGUUGAUAAAUCUGAGACAGAAUUCAGUAAAGCAAUGUCUGAUGUGUUUGAUGACCUACUACCAGUAAGAACUCAUGGUAUGAUAGCACUAACUAAACUUAUUAAUGCUAAAGAUCCAGAAGCAAUUUCAAAGAAACAUUAUCUAUUCUGUCUAUUUCAGGAGCACCUUAAAGACUCAGAUUCCUAUAUAUACCUUUAUGCUAUUAAUGGAAUUGCGGCACUUGGCACCCAUUGCACUGAAGAUGUAUUACAUGUCCUAUGCAAAGAAUUCCUUGAGAUAUCAUAUGAUAAUACUCUACAAAAUAAAGACAAUCAAAAUAAAGCAGCAGAAUUAAGAAUGAAAAUUGGUGACAUCAUAGUAAAAGUAAUUAAAAAACUAGGUGAUAUGGCAGUAGUGCAUAAAACAUUACUGUUGAACACAAUACUGUGUGGUUGCAGGGAUGAUGAUCCUCUAAUCAGAACAUCUGCAUUGUCCAACUUGGCCGAAAUUGCUUUAGUUUUGCAUUACAGGAUCGGAUCCAUUAUUUAUGAAGUAUUGCACUGUAUUUGGAGUAUAUUAGAAACCGACAAAGCAAUAGAAUGCAGACGUGCGGCUGUUAUGGUGAUAGCGAGCUUACUCAAAGGUUUAGGUAAAGAAAUAUUAAUAGAGCUGAAAGAAAAUCUACUACCAAUAUAUAGAACUUUAAAAGCCCUCUACAGAGACAACAAUGAAGACCAGGUGUUGAGACUCCAUGCCCAAUUAGCAUUGGAAGAAUUGAACGACAUAGUUAAAGAAUUCAUUUUUCCUGAAGUAAAAUUCGAUAAACAGAUAUUUAUUCUUGAUAGUAAUACCUAAUGUAUUAUAUAUAUAUAUAUUUUCUA